AUGGCCGCCCCAGACACCUCCAAUCCCAGCAUCCUCCGAGACACAUUCGCUGCCGCCGGCCACGACCAGAAAACCGCGUGGGACAAUCUUUACAGGCAUGACUUCCAUCCUUGGGAUCGCGGUGGCCCAUCCGUAGCCCUCGCCGAUCUGCUGGCCCAGCGCCACGACCUUGUUGUUCCUGCGCAGGAUGUCGACCGCCGCGGCAACCCUCUCCGUGACGAUGCCGGCGGCGUCGUCCGCCGCACCGCGCUCGUCCCCGGCUGCGGCCGCGGUCACGACGUGCUUCUCCUGAAAGCCUUUGGAUACGACGUUGUGGGUCUGGAUUGCAGUGCGGAUGGUAUCCGCCGCGCAAAAGAAAAUGUGGCUGCGCUGGAGGCGACGCCCGGAGGCGUCAAGCCGCAAGGUGAUGUGCAGCUCGGACAAGAGUCGUGGGUCGUCGCAGACUUUUUCGCGCAGGACUGGUCCAAGGGAUUGGGUACCGAUGGUUCUGGCACUUUCGAUCUCAUAUACGACUAUACGUUCCUCUGCGCUCUGCCUCCCAACAUCCGCCCGCAAUGGGCUAAGCGCAUGUCCGAGCUCGUCUCACACGACGGUCGUCUUGUCUGUCUCGAAUUCCCCUCGGGCAAACCUCUUUCCGAACAAGGGCCGCCCUGGGGCCUCAACCCGGAAGUCUACGAGGAGCUGCUGUCGCAUCCUGGGCACGAGCCGAGCUACCACGCCGAUGGUACCGUCAUCGAGACGCACGACGUGAAACCGACGGAUGGAGCACUGCACCGCAUCAGUCUCAUCAAGCCAGAACGUACGCACAAGGCCGGCAUGAAUGAGGAUGGCUCGGUGCGGGAUUUCAUCUCGGUCUGGAGUCGAUAG